GUGACACGCUCAGGUCACGUGAUAAGAUGACACAAAUAAAGUCAAACUCGGCACAGAGCAGCGUUAUAUCCACUUCACCGGAUUUUCUCUGGCCUCGUGAAAACACGCACAGGGACGUCUUUAAUGGGUUUGCAUCCGACGUCUAAACAGCGUUAGUUUUGUGGAUCACCAAUCAAACACGCAAUGGUGCGCGCGGUUGUCGUAGUGUUAUUAUGUGUGUGUCUUGGUGUGUGUGGCGCUCUCAUCUGUCCUGAUGGAGGGAUGUGUGAAGAUGGAAACACCUGCUGUCAAAUGCCUUCAGGAGGAUACGGCUGCUGCCCGCUACCCAACGCCGAGUGCUGCUCCGAUCACUUGCACUGCUGUUAUCAGGGCACCCUGUGCGACCUGGUGCACUCCAAGUGUGUGAACAAGACGCACGUUUUAGACUGGGUGGAGAAAGUCGCCGCAAAGCAGCGAGCAGUAAUCUGUCCAGACCAGGAGUCUGAGUGUCCGGAUGACACCACCUGCUGCCAGAUGCCUGAUGGGAGCUGGGGAUGCUGUCCUAUGAAAGAUGCCGUGUGCUGUGAAGAUAAGCAACACUGCUGUCCUCAGGGAACUAAAUGUGACCUUAAGCAUUCGAGGUGUGUGUCGGCAACGUACGGACCCUCCCCGCUCUGGAGGAAGUUCGCUGCCCGUCGCAGGAAGUCACCGGAGAGGACAGCGGUUGCUUCACCUAAAGACUCCAGUCAUGUUAGAGAUGUGAUCUGUCCAGAUAAGAUAUCCACAUGUCCAGAUGAUACAACGUGCUGUAAACUAGAUACCGGAAGUUACGGAUGCUGCCCGAUGCCAAAGGCCAUGUGUUGUUCUGAUCAUGUGCACUGCUGCCCAGAGGCCACGACUUGUGACAUUGUCCGUAGUAUGUGUGUGUCAGCCAAUGGCGUCAUGGUAAAAAUGGCCACUAAGAUCCCAGCCACUUCCCCGAAGCCUGAAGAUAAAAUAGUUGCCUGUAAUGAAACGGUAGCGUGUGCUAGCGGUGCCACCUGCUGUAAAACACAAGGCGGGAGCUGGGCUUGCUGCCCCUUACCAAAGGCGGUGUGUUGCGAGGAUCAUAUCCACUGCUGUCCAGAGGACACGGUGUGUAACCUCGCAGCGGGCUCCUGUGAUGACCCUGCCGACCUUUCAGUGUCUGUGUCCUGGAUGGAAAAGGUGCCCACCUUUCCAAUAGCUUCAUCCAAUCAGAAAUGUGAUGAGAAGUUUUCGUGUCCUGAAGGUUCCACCUGCUGCAAAAUCUCCUCUGGAAAGUGGGGCUGCUGCCCUCUUCCACAAGCCGUGUGCUGUGAGGAUCAUCUCCAUUGCUGUCCUCAUGAUACAGUGUGUAAUCUGGCCGCCAGCACAUGUGACAGUGCUAAUGAUCGGGCUCCUCGUUUUUCUGUGCCUUUGGUGAAGAAGAUCGCCGCAGUGAGCCUCCCUUCACAGAAACAAAACUGUGACGAGACAUCGUUGUGUCCAGCGGGAACAACCUGCUGUAAACUAACCUCAGGGUCAUGGGCCUGCUGUCCGAUGCCUCAGGCCGUGUGCUGCGCUGAUCAGGAGCACUGCUGUCCUCAGGGAUACAAGUGUGACUUGACUUACAAAACCUGUGUACGUCCUGGCCUUCCCAGCAUGCCCUGGUUCAGGAAGCAGUCUGCACUGAAGCAGUCUGAGGAUCGUGCUCCGGUGGACGAACACGUGUGUGACUCUCACACCAGCUGUCCAAAAGACAACAAGUGCUGCUUCAUGAACAACCUCGGCAAGUGGGGCUGCUGUCCGCUGCCAAAGGCGGUGUGUUGUAAGGAUGGAGAUCAUUGCUGUCCUAACGGCUACUCAUGCGAUGAGAAGAAAUCGUCCUGCUCUAAAGCCUAUCAUGAGAUCCCCUGGUUCACAAAACAGCAGGCCAGGGUCCUGAAGGGGUCCGAGGUGCUGUUUGGAGAUGAAGAUGUGAAGUGUGACUCGACGACCAGCUGUGCAUCUGGAUCUACCUGUUGUAAAUUACCCACAGGGCAGUGGGGCUGUUGCCCUCUUGUCAAGGCGGUGUGUUGUGAGGAUCACGAGCACUGCUGUCCACAGGGAUACACCUGUGACCUCGAGUUCGGAACCUGUGUGAAAGCGGCCGGUUUGCAGAGUGCUCCUCUGACGCGAUUACAGACACACGCUGACACGGGUUCGGGAGAGGAGGUGAUGUGUGACGCCUACACACACUGCUCAAAGACACAGAGCUGCUGUAGACUGUCAGACUCCACGUGGGCUUGCUGCCCAUACAAAGAGGCAGUCUGCUGUGAAGACAUGAAGCACUGUUGCCCUGUGGGAUAUAAAUGUGACCCAGAAGGCCAAGGCUGCACUAAAGCCUCCGUAUCCAUGUGGUGGGAGAACGCUCUUUAAAUGAUGAACCGCAGACUGACACGUACCCAUAACACACAUACACAUCCAUAAACAUACACUCAGCGUCCAGACUCGCUGGAUGUCGCAUAGAGACUGUGCAUCUAGCUCUUUUUUAAUGUUUAGUUUUUUACUGGAAUAAAAAAAAAGUUAUUUAGGCAGAAUACACUGAGAGAUGUUUUGAUUUGAAAGGAAACCGGGGCGCAUUUCAAACACUAGUAAUUCACUUCACAGGCUGAAGUUCUGUGUGAAAGACAUCUAGUAGAAAAAAUCUGAGGCUAGAUGACACAUUUUAACAUCGUAAAUGUUAGUAGGAUGUUGAUUUGAUAUUAUGAAUUACAUUACCAUGAUUACAGUGACAUAAACCAACUGUAAGUGAGAAAAGCUACUGAGAUUGCAAACUGAAUGUAUAGCCUAAAAACCUACAGCUGAUCCACAAAAGAAACUUGUGAACGUUUUAUUUAUUUUUAUUUUUUAUACUCUAAAUCUGAUUGGGGAAAAAUGACAUUAAUGGAUUUACUUUGUUUUAUUCUUUUUUUUUUUUUUUUUGUUCCAAGGUGUCUUUUUGUGUUUUUAAAAAAAAUCUUUGGACUGACUGAAAGUGUUCAUAUUCAAAUUCAAGUGUCAUUCUCAACAUUUACUAUAGGUGCUUUUGUGUUUAGACAAUUUUUAUCUCAUAUUAAUAUUUACUGAAGUCUGAAACGAAUCUAGUUUGUUACCUUUGACAGUUGAUUUAUUCUUUUUUUUUUUUUUUUUUUUUUUUUUUUUUUCUUUUUUUUUUUUUUUGUUGAAGUGGAUUUGUUUGUUUUUGGUUUAUUAUACCGGGGUGGGCGGGAAACGCUGAAAUUAAAUACUUUUCAAAUAAAUGGCACGUUGACUCAU